GUUUUUGCUGAGCCCUUCAUCAGCCUUUUUGCUUUGGAGAACUGUGAAGGCAGAGAGCUUCAUUUGCAAGAAGCUGUCAGUUCUGUUCUGAAUAAGGAUCUUCACUUUCUUACCCAAUCCAUGUGGGUGAGAAGUGGACAGUGGAUUGCAUAUGAAGGAAGCAACUUCUUGGGAAAGCAAUUUCUUCUUGAACCUGGCAAGAUUUUAAACUGGACCCACUUUAGUGCUUGGAAAGCCAUUGGCUCCCUUCGUCCUCUGAAGCAGCCAGCCGUAUACCUUAGAAUAAAGAACAGAUCCCAAGAUAAGUAUUUGACCGUUGCUGGGAAUCUAACAGACGCAAGAGCUUCAUCAGUAUGUCUUUCCCCACUAAAUGGCAAGGAUACACAGAUCUGGCGCUACAGAUGUGGACUCAUCAAAUCCAAGGUUAAUGAUGCUUGCCUUGAUGUCAUUGGAGGCAAAGAUGCACCAGGAGCUAAAGUAGCACUAUGGGUGGAGCAUGGAAAGGCAAGACAAAAAUGGACAUUGAACCAGGAUGGGACUAUCAGCUCAUACCUCAGUGAACAGCUUGUUCUUGAUAUCAAAGGAGGAUAUUACUACGACAGGAAUCACAUUAUUGUAAACCAGCUCAAUAUAAGUGAAUAUACACAGAGAUGGGACUUUGAGAUAUUAUGAGUUGCCCUCAUGAGUCGUGACUGUAAAGACAUUAAAACAUGGACCAAUGUGACAUGAAGAUAACUCUUGGACAAACUACUUGAAGUCACACAACACUGGACCACAGAGAAUCUGCCUGACUUCACCAUAUUUGGCAUAGAGUCAACAAAGGUUCUUGGGUGUUUUUUUUAAAAAAACCCUAGGCUAUGGAAAGUUAAUCCUAUAUAAGUAGUGUUGUUAGAAAGGACUGGUGGCAGAUUUAGCACAGAGUAAUGACCAGUAGCAGAUGUUACCAUGGUGACUCUAAAGCCUCUUAUUGCUUAUUUAUUUUGUGUU